AUGAGGCUCCCUGUGCUCCUGGCUGCCCUGGUGGCAGUGGCCACCUGCACCGAGACCUUCAUUGGGCACCAGGUGCUGCGCAUCGUCCCCCAGAGCGAUGAGGACCUGCAGAAGGUGCAGGAGCUGCAGGGCCUGGAGCAUCUGCAGCUGGAUUUCUGGCUGGGUCCCCGUGAACUCGGCCUGCCUGUGGACAUCCACGUACCCUUCCCCAGCCUGCAGGCAGUCAAAGCCCACCUGGAGGCUGCUGGGGUCUCCUAUUCCAUCAUGAUCGAGGAUGUGCAGGCCCUGCUGGAUGAAGAACAGAUGGAAAUGCUCCGCAGCACCCGCCAGCUGCCGCUCAACACCAACACCUUCAACUACGAGGCCUACCACACCAUAAAUGAGAUCUACAAUUUCAUGGACAUGCUGGUGGCUGAGAACCCCAACCUGGUGAGCAAGCUGGAGAUCGGCCGCUCGACCGAGAACCGUCCCCUCUACGUGCUCAAGUUCAGCACAGGGGGCACGAACCGCCCAGCCAUCUGGAUCGACACCGGGAUCCACUCCCGUGAGUGGGUGACACAGGCCAGCGGUGUCUGGUUUGCCAAGAAGAUUGUCCAGGAUCAUGCAAAUAACGAAGGCGUGGCCUCCAUCCUGGAAACGAUGGACAUCUUCCUGGAGAUUGUCACCAACCCAGAUGGCUUUGCCUUCACCCAGACCACGAACCGCCUGUGGCGCAAGACCAGGUCCAAGCACUCGGGCUCCAUCUGUGUCGGAGUGGACCCCAACCGCAACUGGGACGCAGGUUUUGGAGGUCAGAGCUCCAGCUCAAGCCCCUGCUCGGAGACGUACCAUGGACCCUACGCCAACUCGGAGCCCGAGGUGAAAUCCAUCGUGGACUUUGUCAAGAGCCACGGCAACAUCAAGGCUUUUGUGUCCAUCCACAGCUACUCCCAGCUCCUGCUCUAUCCCUAUGGCUACACCUACACCGCGGUGCCAGACCAGCAGGAACUGCACGAGGUUUCUGCCAAGGCUGUGGCAGCUCUGUCCUCUCUGUACGGCACCCAGUACAAGUAUGGCAGCAUCAUCACCACCAUCUACAGAGCUAGUGGAGGAACCAUCGACUGGACCUACAACCAGGGGAUUAAAUAUUCCUUCACCUUUGAGCUGCGGGAUACCGGGCGUUACGGGUUCCUGCUGCCCGCCAAACAGAUCAUUCCCACCGCUGAGGAGACCUGGCUGGCACUGAAGGUCAUCAUGGAGCACACCCGGGACAACUUGUACUGA